AUGGUAUUUCUUGACAAUUUUGACCCCACAACAUCGAACCGUGAAAGGCGAAAACAGAAUCCUAAAAGCUAUAACUACCGUAAACAGAAGAAGCUCUAUAAUGAACGUGGACAGAUAGCUGCAACGGGCCAAGAUUUUUGUGAUUGUCUAGAUGUAAAAUGCCCUGGUUGUCAUUUUCCCUGUCUCAAAUGUAGUUCUAACAAAUGCGGACCUGAGUGCAGGGUAAACAGGAAUUGGAUGUAUGAAAAGAUUGAAACUGAAGGAAAUGACACUGUAAUUAUAAAUACCAUGAAUAAAAAAUAA